AGAAUUUCAUUCAAAGCAUGUGAGUAUUUAAUGUGUAGUUACUGUAAACCAGAAGAAUGCUUAUAUAACAAACUUAACUUAUGCUUUUGCUAAUCGCCAGCCACCAACAAGCCGCAGUGCAGUGGGCCUUUUUUUUCAUAUCUUCAUUUCCAUUCCCAAUCUCCGAUGGGCGGAGGCGUCGCCGACUCCCAAGUCGAUUCCGAAACUGCCCUUCUCCUCGGCGGCGCAACCGCCGAUAAGAUUCCCAACGAUCCCUUCAAUUUGACUUACAUAACUUACUUCUUCUUGGGCGUCGGCUGUCUCCUCCCAUGGAAUGUUUUCAUCACCGCCGUCGAUUACUUCUCAUACAUUUACCCAGACACCAGAGUUGAUCGGAUCUUCGCCGUCGUCAACCUCCUCGUGGCUCUAAUCGGCCUUGUUUUUGUCGUUCUCUACACUCACCGGUCCGAUGCUCGGGUCCGAAUCAACGCCGGGAUGGGCCUCUUCACUCUCGCUCUCCUCCUCGUCCCACUUUUGGAUGUCUCCUACAUCAGGGGUCAGAUUGGACUCUACAACGGCUUCUACGUCACCGUCGGAGCCGUCGUCCUCUGCGGUGUCGGCGACGCGCUUGUUCAGGGCGGCGUCAUUGGCUCCGCCGGCGAGCUCCCGGAGAGAUAUAUGCAGGCUGUUGUUUCCGGAACCGCUGCUGCUGGCGUUCUGGUCUCUGUGCUGAGGAUAGUGACCAAAGCCAUGUACCCACAAGACGCCCAUGGCUUGCGACAAAGUGCCAACCUCUACUUCACUGUGGGAAUCGCAAUCAUGAUUCUGUGUACUGUCCUGUACAACGUUGCAGCCAAGCUUCCAGUUGUGAAGCAUUUCGAGAGCCUGAAGAAUCAAGAGAAACAGGAGAGUGGUGGUGUGUUUGGGUCCAUGAAGAAAUCGACUCUGUGGGAUAUAAUCAGCAGAAUCAAGAUUUAUGCAAUUGGAUUGGCCCUCAUCAACAUUGUUACUCUCUCUAUCUUCCCUGGAUUUAUUACAGAAGAUGUGCAUUCGGAGAUCUUCAAGGAUUGGUACCCUGCUCUUCUGAUUACUGGCUAUAAUAUAUUUGAUCUAAUUGGGAAGUAUCUUUCUUCGGUUUAUCUGAUCGAAAAUCCGAAGAUUGCUUUCGGUGGCUGCAUCGGGAGGCUGUUGUUCUAUCCGCUCUUCCUGGGUUGCUUGCAUGGUCCACAGUUCCUUAGAACUGAAAUUCCUGUGGUAAUCCUUACUUACCUUCUUGGACUUACCAAUGGCUACUUGGCUGCUGUGAAGUAUAUCUUGGCACCUAAGGUUGUGCCAUUUGAAUAUGCUGAGAUUUCUGGUGUUCUAUUGGUUUUGUUCUCGUUCUCUGGUUUGGCUAUUGGCUCUGUUGUAGCUUGGUUUUGGGUCAUUUAAUUUUUCUUUUUAUGCCCAGAAUCCUUGUAUAAUUACUUAGGCUUGUACUUCUGUUCAAAUUGCUUGGACAUAGAUAUAGUUGUUUAUGGAUUACCUCGUAUUAUCAACAUAUAUACUUAUAUUUGGUUGUACAAAACCUCUGCAGAA